UAGAAUAGACUCUGUCUCUGUCGUGAGAUGGCAGGCGUGGCUUAAUAUGCAAAUUACUUACAGACACGUUUACGCACUGAAAAAUGUACAAGGGCGUUUACAGCGGAAGAGUGGAUGGACGUUUAUAAAAGGCGCGUUUGGAGAACCAUUCAUUCCGAAGGAAUGAAAUCUUCCAUUUCUGAACUUUUAAAGACCUCUUCUGACAACGAAUAUACCCUGCAUCCUUCCGCGUUGAAGCUGUCAGAAACUGUACUUAGACGAUCACUUCACUUGGAGCCGUUCGAUCAUCUAUGAACAUGUGCUGAUCAUUUCAAGUCUGUAUCAUGAAAAUGGAAUGUAAACUCUUGCCAUUUCUAGACCAGAAGCCAGAGACAUCCUCCCCAAAAUAACUCUUGUGCUUCAUGAGAGCACCGUUGGAUAACCAAUCAAAUCAAAACCAAACACAAAACCAAGUAGAAACUCAUCUGACAGAUGGUGGAUGCUUCCGUUUCCUUCUAGAAAGACAGCAAACCAAAGGAAUAAGAGAUUUUUAUUUUGCUUGCAUCUUUGCCCAAAUAAGCCCAAAUAAUUUCAGACAAUUGCAUUUUGAACUGUGAUAGUAGCUUAAACAUGUUAAAAACGGGACCAGCGAUGGAGGCAGUGGAUAUUGCAGUUGUUGCACUUUAUUUUGUCCUUGUGCUUGCAAUUGGUCUCCUCUCCAUGUUGAAGGCCAAUCGUAGCACUGUCAGCGGCUACUUCCUGGCAGGUCGAACUAUGAAUUGGGUGGUGAUCGGUGCCUCACUGUUUGUCAGCAACAUCGGCAGCGAGCAUUUCAUUGGACUUGCUGGUUCUGGUGCAGCCAGUGGUUUUGCAGUGGGUGCCUGGGAGUUCAAUGCCCUCCUGCUUCUGCAGCUGCUCGGUUGGGUGUUCGUCCCAGUCUACAUCUACUCUGGAGUUUACACCAUGCCAGAGUACCUCUCCAAGCGCUAUGGAGGCAAGCGGCUAAAGGUUUACUUCGCAGCCCUCUCACUUCUACUGUACAUCUUUACUAAACUCUCAGUGGACUUGUACGCAGGAGCUCUUUUCAUCCAGGAGUCUCUUGGCUGGAACCUCUACCUGUCAAUCAUCUUGCUUAUCUCCAUGACCGCCUUGCUAACAGUAACCGGUGGACUGACAGCUGUGAUCUACACAGACACUCUGCAGGCCGUGCUCAUGAUUGGCGGUGCGUUAACCCUUACCAUCAUCAGCCUGGUCAAGGUAGGCGGUUUGGAAGGGGUGCGGGAAAAAUACAUGGAAGCGAUUCCCAACGUCACAGCCAUCCUGGCUAACAGCAACUUCAGCUUUCAGUACACAAACUCCUGCCGAAUUCAUCCCAAGCCAGAUUCCCUCAAGCUCCUACGAGGGCCGCUUGAUGAGGACAUCCCUUGGCCAGGCUUCCUUUUGGGUCAGACACCCUCAUCCAUUUGGUACUGGUGUGCUGACCAGGUUAUCGUGCAGAGAGUGUUGGCUGCCAAGAAUAUUGCCCAUGCUAAAGGCUCCACACUUAUGGCGGGAAUGCUUAAAAUCCUUCCUAUGUUCAUCAUCGUUAUUCCAGGAAUGAUCUCCCGAAUAUUGUUCCCUGAUGAGCUAGCAUGCAUUGGACCAGAGCACUGCAUGGCUGUAUGUGGCAGUCAGGCUGGCUGUUCCAACAUCGCCUACCCUCGGCUGGUCAUGAGCGUGAUGCCGGUGGGUCUCAGAGGGUUGAUGAUGGCUGUGAUGAUCGCUGCCCUCAUGAGUGACCUGGACUCGAUUUUUAACAGCGCUAGCACCAUCUUCACAUUAGACAUUUAUAAAAUGCUGCGUAGAUGUGCCUCCUCCUGUGAGCUGGUGGUCGUCGGCAGGUUGUUUGUGAUAUUCAUGGUGGCUAUCAGCAUCGCUUGGGUGCCUGCCAUUAUUGAGAUGCAAGGUGGCCAGAUGUACUUGUACAUUCAGGAAAUGGCAGGAUACCUCACGCCUCCCAUUGCUGCCCUAUUCCUGCUUGGAGUCUUCUGGAAACGUUGCAAUGAGACUGGCGCAUUUUGGGGCAGCAUGACUGGGUUUGUACUUGGCACCACCCGCCUCUUCCUUGGGUUUAUAUAUCGUGAGCCAAGAUGUGACCAGCCAGAUGUACGUCCGGCUUUCAUCACACAUGUCCACUACAUGUACAUUGCUGCUGGGCUGUUUUGGAUCUCCGGGCUGGUGGCUGUGUGUGUCAGUCUGUGCACAUCACCCCCAGAAGAGGAGAAUAUCAAGCGGACCACAAUCUGGGGCUUGAAAGAACUUAAGCGCCUUCCUGUGACUGGACGAGACGAGAUGUACAAACUCACUAAUGGCAGUGGCGACAGUGUUCUCAAGAAAGAUGUUCCUGAAGACAUCCAGAAGGAGAGAUGUCUUGAUGGGGCUGACAUGAAACUCCUUAUGCCCUCCUCUUGUGACCAAGAUCCCAUGGCCCCUAGCACAGAAGCAUCCACACCGAUGGAGCUGUAUGCCAAUGGUCAUGCAAAUCUUGUAAAACAGAAGAAUCAAGGCAAUGAUGAAGAGAGCUGCCUUCAAGUGUUUGACUGGAUUUGUUGUCACAAAGAGAAAACGUCUGAUAUCGAGCCCAAAGUCAUUGGAGGAGAUGAAGGAGCUGUACGUGAAAUGCUUUAUGAACCUCCUAAAAUCAAGAUCUUACUUAAUGUAGGCCUGGUAAUCGUCUGUUCACUGGGUGUUUUCAUGUUUGUGUACUUCUCCUUGUAAUAUGUUGCUCUUGCACUACCUUAAGGCCUGUGUGAGAGACCGCAUAUUUAUAUGAACUAUUUGUUACUACAAGCCAUUUAGGGUCUGUAAUAUUUACAGUGUGGUUUAUCUUUCUUUUUAUAACUUCCUUUUAGCAUUUUCACUUUGGCUCUGUUACAUCUCCUUGAAAAUAUUCAACUCUUCUUUGUGGUAUGUUGAUGACCAAAUGCGUUGUUGAAAUGGUAGCUUUUUUAUAGUUGGUUGAGCUAAGCUAAUGAGAAUAUACUAUUAUUUUUUCCUUGGUGAAUUUUGCCUUAAUGUGUGCACUCCUCCAAACCGAAAUGAGGUCAGUUUGUUUUUUUCUCAACAGACCAUUCAUAUAAUAGUACUUAAAUGUGGAAGGAAUUUGUCUUUUGUAUAUGCACUUGUAAUUGUAAGCACUCUUAGGAAUACCAAAUUUCUAAAACUUGACCUCACUUGUAAAUCUGUCACCUGCGUAACUGGAAUAGUGUGUCCAAAGUUUUAAUGUUAAAUAGAAAUUGUGAAAAUAAUGUUGUGCCAUCUGAUUAAACCUGGUACCUUGAUGUACAUUCCCAAAUACAAGUAUUUAGGUCCAUUCAUGUAAAUUGUAACUGUAACUCUGUAUGUAAUUUGCUUUCAUUUCUUUGUAUUUAUACCUCCUUUCAUCCUUUCCAAAAAAAAAAAAACCAACACCAAAAUGCCUUUUGUGCAGAGCAUAAGACUGCUCUGUCUUCAUUUUGGGAAUUUAACAGUUAAUGUGAAAAGACUUCCAAGAUGUUUUCACUACAAAACAACGCUAACAACAACUAUAAAACACAGACUGGUUAUGUGGAUGUUACUAAAUGACCAUCAGAACCGCCACAGAAAAGACUUGCUAACUAGAGAACACUAUCAUUAAUGUGUUAAUAACUGAUUUCAUAACUGAUAUUAUGAUUUCCCCAAAAGGGUCAUUAAGACUAGGAUGUCCAAUUUUGCUGCGCAAAAUAGUAUCUUGUUCUUCUAAAAGAAGAAUUUGAUUGUGGCUGCAGUAACAGGCAUUGCCUGUUUUUAAUCUGCUGUUGAACGCACUAUUUGUUCAGACAAAGGGGAACUGCUGGAUGGCCUUGCUGAAUAUGAAAUGUGCGGGAUCUUUUAGACAGCUGUAACUUCUUUUUUAAGUACAAAUUUACAAUGUUGUGUUAAUACCUCAAAAAGCCCUUAAUUGUAAUGAAAUUUGAAUUCAGAAGUUAUGUCAAGAGUUAUAUGGAGAGGUGCAGGAGGAGAGUAUUUUUUUUUUUAAUAAUUCCAAAUAAAAUUAGACUGGGAUAAAGUCAUUGGAGGGCUAAUGUUUUGCAUUGUAAAUUAAAUAUAUGUAAAUCACUGUGUUUAAAUCCAUUUUUGUACAGAUAAUCUCUUUGUAAAAGAGGUACAUUAAUAAAAAAUAAAAUGUUCAGUGGAGAUUUGUUCUUUUAUAUAUAUAUUUUCCCCAAAUUAAUGGUUUGAAUUCUUGUGAUUCUUGAGAAUGUUACUGAAGCGAUUCCCAUUUCUUUGCAGCUAUCAGCUCAUCUUGUUUUUAUUUGUAGAUGUAUUCUCAAUCUCAGAGUGAAAAAUCACAGUCACAUCACUGCUUAAGAUGGAAUGAAAUAACUUAAAGGUAAAUGUACAAAGUUUAGGAACUGUUGUGAUUAUCUGAGGCCUAAUUAAUUCAGAUUAAUUGUUCUUAUCAUCCAAACCUGACAUGAUCUCCUUGUAAUUACAAAAUAAAAGUUCAGUUUUCAUGUGUUGCUUGUAGUAGACUUUAUGCUCCAACAAAACAUCUUUUUAGCACACAAUGAACACUUGUAUGCAUAUAUGUCCUUUUUUUCUGGCAGUGCCAUACUACUUGCUUAAGGGUGUGGAAGUGAUUGUUGGUUUUGGAUACACCACAGAUUUUCAAACCAACACCCAAAGUUUUUAAAUAUUUAUCCAUGCAUUUAAUAGUGAAAUUAUUAUUAUUUUUUUUCCGAGUGCACUUAUACAGUAUGUUGUUUGUGUUUGAUAAUGUGAAUUUUAAUUGACUGUUACAUUAUUUCAUUUAUCAUCACUCUGAGGUACUUUUUUAACACUGCCUUUCAUAACAACAAAAGGGUUUUGUGUUUAUUUGGUUUUGUUUGUUUUCAGUAGCUCAUUUUGUUUGUAUAAUUUGUAAUUGAAUAGUGUAUAGUUUCCACAUAUUUCUGUUGUGUACAUUUAUCACGAUUCCUUGUGUUGCAGAAAUCGAGUUCCAUGAGUUAAAAAGAGUUUAUUGCUUUCAAUCUUUGAUCUUAUCAUACGCAAAUGAUUUGUACAUUGUACAUUUGCUACUUUUAUUAUCAAAAGUUGUGGAUGAAUAAAAAGACAUUCAUUUGAGAAGAA